CGGGAUCUCCUCAGAGGAGAUGACAGACUGAUCCGAAAACACCGUUUUAUUCUCUGUUUUUAUUGUUUUUAAUAAUAGUAAACCCGGUUUCUCCCGCUGUGAGAAUGAAGGUCUCGAGUAUAGACUGCCGGCGGCUGCGGAGGAUCCUGCGGCGGGGCCGCGGGGAGGUGCUGGUGGUGGACUGCCGCCCGUACUUCUCCUUCUCCGGCUCCAGCAUCCGCGGCUCCGUCAACGCCAACCUCAACUCGGUGGUGGUGCGGCGGAGCCGGGGCGGCCCCGUGCCGCUGCGCUUCGUUAUACCGGAUGAGAAAGCCCUGUUUCGGCUGCGGCAGGGCAGCGUGUCCGCGGUGGUGGCUCUGGAUGACCGGACUCCUCAUUUCCAGAAGCUGAAGAAGGACAGCACCGCGCAGAUAGUAAUUCACAGCCUGGCCCAGCUCCCUUCCUGCACCAACAUCUGCUUCCUCAAGGGAGGUUUCGAGAGCUUCCACUCGCACUACCCAGAACUUUGCACAGAAGCGAAAGCGACAGAGUCGUGCGAGACGGAGCGCGGCGCCGGUCACUGCGAGAGGCUGAGCGGACAACAGAAACACGAUUACCAUCAGGGAAAGCCGGUGGAGCUGCUGCCGUUUCUGUACCUGGGUAGCGCUCAUCAUGCCUGCAGAAAUGACUACCUGAGUGACCUGCGGAUCACAGCGCUGCUGAAUGUCUCGCGCAGAGACUCGCGCCCCGCGAAAGGCCAGCACCGCUACAAGUGGAUCCCGGUGGAGGACAGUCACACGGCCGACAUCAGCUCACACUUUCAGGAGGCCAUAGAUUUCAUCGACGAGGUGAAGCAGGAGGGGGGUAAAGUGCUGGUUCACUGUGAGGCCGGGAUCUCCCGCUCGCCCACCAUCUGCAUGGCCUACCUGAUGAAGAAGCAGCGUCUGCGGCUGGAGGAGGCUUUCGAGGUGGUCCGGCAGCGCCGUACCAUCAUCUCUCCCAACUUCAGCUUCAUGGGUCAGCUCCUGCAGUUUGAGGCGGAGGUGUUGUCCUCCACUCCGCCGUCCGCUCCUCCCGCCACCGCGCCCUGCCAGCAGGAAGCCGCCUCCUUCUUCAACAGCAGCGCCGCCGGCGACGCUAAAACCGACAGCAAGUUCUCCUUCGAGGGAACCUUCGAGUCCUCCAUGUUCACCUUUCCUACCUCCUUCCUUCCUUCACCGUUCAAACUCAGCCCAAUCACUGCCCUGCCUUAGCGGGACCUCCCCAAGCCCCGCCCCCUCUGACUACUUGAAAGAUGACAGAAUAACAAGCAACAGAAUGGAGGAGAAAGAGACUCUGUGUUAUUUAUAAAGACAGUGUUUGAGUCCGGAUCCGGGAGCAAGUGUUGAUUUCUUCUCUGUUGUUUGCCUUUGAAAGAGUCUGCAAUACAAGCCUUAGUUUAAUCAUGUGAUCUCUGCCUACUGAUGCUGCCCAGAGCGGCGUUUCACAUUAAAUUAUUGAUUUUUUUUUAUGUUUUCUUUUUUAUGAAGUAUAAAGAUCUGUUAAUAAAUGUAUUUACAGAAAAGUAA